CUGACAAUAACUUUUUUGUGAUUGAUGCCCCAACCAUCUUUCCUCUCAUAAAUAUUAAAUAUCAUUCUUCAUUCGCUAAAACCCUGCAUUUGUCUCUGUAAAUUCUUGGAAAUAAUUUCGGAUUUCUCUCGAGCACCAUUAUUUUACUGUGUCUUUGUGGCAUUCGUGUGGCAUUCGUGUGUUAGAAAGGAGGACUGAGCUAAUGACGCUAUUGCUGCUCUUUAUUGUGGCUUUAGUAGCUUCAGCUGUCUCUGCUGAUGAAGACCCAUUCAUCGGCGUAAACAUCGGUACCGACAUGUCAGACGCCCCCCACCCGACCCAAGUCGCGGCCCUCCUCAAAUCCCAAAACAUCCGCCACGUCCGCCUCUACAACGCCGACCGCGCCAUGCUCGCCGCCCUCGCCGGCACCGGCAUCCGCGUCUCCGUCUCCGUCCCCAACGACGAGCUCCUCGCCAUCGCCCAAUCGAACUCCACCGCCGCCAACUGGGUCUCCCACAACGUCGCCUCCCACUUCCCCUCCACCAACAUCACCUCCGUCUGCGUCGGCUCCGAGGUCCCCACCGCCCUCCCCAACCUCGCCCCCGUCCUCGUCACCGCCCUCACCCACAUCCAUUCCGCCCUCGUCGCCUUGAAUAUCGACCGCUACGUAAAAGUCUCGACUCCCCUCCCUUCCUCCCUCAUCCUCGACUCCUUCCCCCCUUCCCAAGCCUUCUUCAACCGCACGUGGGCCCCGGGCCUAAUAAUCCCCCUCUUGAAAUUCCUCCAAAUGACCGAUUCGCCCUUGAUGCUCAACGUCUACCCGUACUUCGACUACAUAUCCUCCAACGGGGUCAUCCCGCUCGACUACGCCCUCUUCCGACCGCUCUCCCCGAAUAAAGAAGCCGUCGACGCGAACACGUUGCUCCACUACACGAACGUUUUCGACGCGAUAAUCGACGCCGCCUACUUCGCGAUGGCCGACCUAAACUUUACGAGCGUGCCGGUUUUGGUGACGGAGACGGGAUGGCCGUCGCGAGGAGGGACGGACGAGAACGACGCGAAUUUGGAAAACGCCAACACGUACAACAGUAAUUUGAUACGACACGUGAUUAAUAAAACUGGGACGCCCAAGCGGCCGGGGAUGGCGGUUAGUACUUACAUUUACGAGCUUUAUAACGAGGAUUUGAAGCCGGGCCCGGAGUCGGAGAAGAAUUGGGGGCUCUUCGAGGCGGACGGGAGGCCCGUUUACGUGCUGCACGUGACGGGGACGGGGUUGGUCCUGGCGAACGACACGACGAACCAGACGUACUGCGCGGCGAAGUCGGGGGCGGACGAGAAGAUGCUGCAGGCGGCGCUCGACUGGGCUUGUGGGCCCGGGAAGGUGGACUGCUCGGAGCUGAUGCAGGGGCAAGCGUGUUACGAGCCUGAUACGGUGGAGGCGCACGCGAAUUAUGCGUUCGAUGCGUAUUAUCACCAGAUGGGGAAGGCGCCCGGGAGUUGUGAUUUUAAUGGGGUGGCUACUGUAACGACGACUAAUCCAAGUCAUGGUAGAUGCGUAUACCCUGGAAGUGAACGAAAUGGAUCAGUUCUGAACAGCACAAUUCCAGCUAUGGAUUCAAGAAGCUCAGCGCAUCGUGCGGAGUUCUUCCUCAGUAGCAAUGUGUUUUUGGCAGCAAGCACUUUCAUCAGUUCACUGUGGAUCCUGAUUUUCUUGUAGCUCGAUGGAGAAUUAGACGAGCUUAGGAAGUUCCCGACCAAGAUAUCUGUUCCGGCACCAAAUUUUUCUCUCGCGCAAAAUGCCAAAAAAAAAAUAUUAAGGAAAGAAGUUCUCUGCGUGUGAUUGUUUUGUAGUAGUAGCAUUGUACAAAGCGUACUGUUAUUUGCAGGUGGACAUGGAAUUAGGAGUUGGAUGAAUUUGAGCCAUUUUGGGGACCAUUGUGGGAUUCUUUUUUAGUAUCUGUUAAGUAUUAUCCAAUUGGCAACAAAACCUCAUUUUAGUGACUUCAUUGUGUGGAACUUAGCAUGCAGUAUCGACACAAUUAGGCAAAUUGAUAUUGUCAUUUGUUUGCGCCAAGUUCCAAGUGUUUGUGUUUCUUAUCAUGCACGUUAAAAAUGAAUGCAAAUGAUAAAGUAGAAAAAAAUGUGCGUAUU